UGAUCGGGACAAAACAUGGCGCACGCUUCAGCCAAAAGACAAAAGUAUUUCACUUGUCCAGUUUGUCUGGAUCUACUAAAGGAUCCAGUCUCAAUUCCAUGUGGACACACAUAUUGUUUGGGCUGCAUUAAAGGCUGCUGGGAUCAGGAGGAUGGUAAAGACAUCUACAGCUGCCCCCAGUGCAGACAGACAUAUAGGCCAAGACCUGCUGUCAGUAAAAACACUCUGAUUGCUGAGAUGGUGGAGGACUUUAGAAAGACUGGACUCCAGGCUGCUGCUCCUGCUCAGUGUUCUGCUGGACCUGGAGAUGUGGAAUGUGGAGUCUGCACUGGGAGAAAACUCAAAGCUGUGAAGUCCUGUCUGGAUUGUCUGUUGUCUUACUGUGAGGCUCACUUCAAAGUUCACAAUUAUGUAAAUCCAGAAAGAAAACACUCAGUGAUUGAUGCCACAGGCCAGUUACAGGAGAGGAUCUGCCCCCGUCAUCAGGUGUUUGAAAUAGUUUGUAGUACUGAUCAGAGUUGUAUCUGCUAUCUGUGCACGAUGGACGAACAUAAAGGCCAUGACACAGUCACAGCUGCAGCAGAAUGGAAAAACAAACAGAAGCAGUUGGGGCAGACCCAGAGGAGAUUCCAGCAGAGAAUCCAGGAGAGAGAGAAGGAGCUGCAGGAGCUGAGGAAGGCUGUGGAGACUCUCAAGAGCUCUGCACAGACAGCAGUGGAGGACAGUGAGAGGAUCUUCACUGAGAUGAUCCGCUCCAUUGAGAGAAGGCGCUCUGAGGUGACAGAGCUGAUCAGAGCUCAGGAGAAGGCUGAGGUGAGUCGGGCUGAAGGACUCCUGAAGCAACUGGAGCAGGAGAUUGCUGAGCUGAAGAGGAGAGAUGCUGAACUGGAGCAGCUUGCACAUACAGAGGAUCACAAUUAUUUCCUCAAGAAUGUUGUGUCAGUCACUGCUCCUCCUUGCAGUACAGUUCCAACCAGUUUGACCUUCAACCAGAGUUUCUCUUUUGAGUUUGUGAAGGAAUCCAUCUCUGCAGUGAAGGUGCAGCUGGAGGAGAAACUGGGUGGCAUCUUCAAGCAGGAAGUAGCCAAGAUAUCUGCAGCAGUGACACAGAUAAUCCAGUCUUUAGAAUUAUCCAGUGAUAUCCAGGCUUAUUUUCCUGAACCAGUGACCAGAGAGGAGCUCUUGCAGUAUUCCUGUCACUUCACACUGGAUCCAAACACAGCACACAGACGCCUCCAUCUGUCUGAGGGGAACAGGAGGGUGGAGUACAGAGCUGAACUCCAGUCAUAUCCUGAUCAUCCAGAGAGAUUUGAUGUGUGUCCUCAUGUGCUGUGUAGAGAGGGUGUGUCUGGACGCUGCUACUGGGAGGUGGAGAGGAGUAGGUUGGUUGAUAUAGCAGUCUCAUAUAACAGCAUCAGCAGGAAAGGACAGAGUAGGGAGUGUGUGUUUGGAUAUAAUGAUCAGUCCUGGAGGCUGUUCAUUACCAGUUCCAGCUCCUCUUUCAGGCACAAUAAUAAAGAGACUAAACUCCCUCUAGUGGCCAGCUCCAGAAUAGGAGUGUAUGUGGAUCACAGGGCAGGAACUCUGGCCUUCUACAGCAUCUCUGACACAAUGACCCUCCUGCACAGAGUCCAGACUACAUUCACUCACACACUCUACCCUGGGUUUAAGAUAUUUUCUGGAUCAUCAGUUAAGCUGUUGUGACCCACACCGUAUACAGCAGGACA